GGUGAGGGGAGAGCUGUGGCCAAAGCUUGAGAACCCCUUCCUGUCCAAGGGCAGCUUCCACUUGCAGAAGUGAUCUGGACUUGACACACUGGUUUUUCCUUUGACGGUACCCACAGCCCACAUUCCUCUAGGCCUCUGACCCUCCCUUGCACAUGACACUUUGGGUGGGCUCUGCCUAUCAGAGUGGAAGGCGGUGCACGAUGCUGCCGCAGCUUGUGGGCAAAAGUCAAAUCUUCCUUCCCUUUUUACUUCUGGAGAGAUGACUUCUAGUCCUGAGCAGACAUGGGGUACGGGAUAUGGACACUCCAGCUCAGUUUUGUGACCCAAGGUGCCUGGGGCUGUGAUGGCCUGUUUGCUGUCUUUAGAGUAGACUUGUGAUUUUAGACUCAACCUGUGGUUUGCUGGAUCUUUGGUAGGGAGGACACCGGGCACCCACUGUCCUUGGCAGCUAGCUGUUGGCUGAUCAGGCUGGGGACAAUCAGACUGGUUUUCUUCAGUGCGAGCAAGCUUGACAGUCCAGACUGGAGUGCAGUGAGGCAGGCCGCAGAGACCCCAGCCUCUCCCCUGACGAUUGAAAGUACCCCAUGACACACACGCGGAGGAAGUCCCUUCCCAUGCUGAGUUCAGGCCCCACUGGCCGUCGGGAGCCCCUGCAGAUGGAAGGCAGCAAUAUGGAGCAGGGGGUGGAGAGUGUGGAAGCAGGCAUGCCUGAGAGCCCAGGGCACCUCACAGGGCGCCGCAAGAACUACCCGCUACGUAAGCGCCCAUUAGUUCCUGAGAAGCCCAAGGCCUGCAAAGUGCUGCUGACCCGCCUGGAGAAUGUGGCUGGUCCACGGAGUGCAGAUGAGGCCGAUGAGCUGCCCCCUGACCUGCCCAAGCCCCCCAGCCCAGCCCCAUCCAGUGAGGACACUGGGCUUGCCCAGCCCCGCAAGAGGCGCCUGGCCUCCCUCAAUGCAGAGGCCCUCAAUAAUCUGCUGCUGGAGCGGGAGGACGCCAGCAGCUUGGCCGGCACUCGUCGCAGUCGAGGGGGCGACCCUCACCGCAGUCGGGACCGUGACCGGGCUGGUGGGGGCUGGUCCUCCUCCAAGAAGCGGCCCCGGCUAGAGGACCUCGGAGGAGGAGGUCGGGACCUGUCCCCAGAGCCAGCACCUGAGGAGGGUGCCCGUCGAGAUGGUGACCCAGCUCCCAAGAGACUGGCCAGCCUGAAUGCAGCUGCCUUCCUGAAGCUGAGCCAGGAGCGGGAGCUGCCCUUGAGGCCACCUCGUGCCCACCCAGAAGCAGAUGGGCGCCCCUCAGAGCCACCAGUGCUGAGGGCUCCAAGGCCAAAGUGGGCUAAGGUCAAUGGCAAGAACUAUCCCAAGGCCCGGCAGGGGCUUGGGUCUGGGGAGGCUGUAGCUCCACCCGGCUGGCAAAAGCGCCCCGAGGAGCCGUGGCCAUCUGCCACCCCUCGUGGGCCAGGCAGCCAGCCACCUUACCAGCCCCUGAGCAAGGCUCUGGAGAGCCCCUCGGGGCUACGCCCCCACCUGCCCCUCCUGAUGGGUGGGCAGGCAGCCUUGAAGCCAGAGCCUGGGCGCCCAGGCGAGGAGUCACCUGCCCCCAAGCAGGAACUGCACCAGCCUUCUUUCCCUGCACCCCAGCUGUCCCCCCUGCCGAUGCCUGGCAACCCUGCCCACUACAGUGGCCUUUGUGGUCGGCCUGAGCUCCCUGCACUAGGCAGCUUCUACCUAUACUGCGGCCAAGACGGGCUGCAAUGUGGAGGCUACUCCCCCUGCCCCAUGCUUCCUGAGGGCAAGUUGUCCCCUAACGAGGGGCUCCUCUUGGCACCGAGCUCAGUGCCUGCGGGCACCCCUUUCCAACACCCCCCCUGGGGCUCUCGCUACUGCUUUAGUGAGGACCCUGGAGUGAAUGGCUAUAGCAUCUGUGAAAUGCUUCCCCCGACUCUUACCCACAUCGGCACUACCUGUGGCGGCUGCCCCUACAAAAUGCCUUUUGCAGCAGAAGGCUGCAGGUCCCUAGGCCAGUUGGAAUUUCCGCUCCCGGAAGCCGGCCACCCUGCCUCACCUGCCCACCCCCUCCUGGGAUGCCCUGUGCCCAGUGUGCCACCUGCAGCUGAGCCCGUCCCCCAUCUUCAGACGCCCACCUCAGAGCCACAGACGGUAGCCCGUGCGUGCCCGCAGAGCGCCAAGCCGCCGAGCGGCUCCAAGUCUGGUCUGCGCACGGGCUCCAGCUGUAGGCACACCGCAAGAAGCAAGGCCACCUGCAGACCCAGCCACCCCAAGCAGCCGCGCGUCCAGCGCCCGCGCCCGCGCCGCCGCCGCCGCCGCCGCACUAACGGCUGGGUGCCCGUCGGGGCUGCCUGUGAGAAAGCUGUCUAUGUCCUGGAUGAACCAGAACCAGCCAUCCGAAAGAGUUACCAGGCAGUGGAGCGGCACGGAGAGACCAUCCGGGUCCGGGACACUGUCCUCCUCAAGUCAGGCCCCCGAAAGACAUCCACACCUUAUGUGGCCAAGAUCUCUGCCCUCUGGGAGAACCCUGAAUCAGGAGAGCUGAUGAUGAGCCUCUUGUGGUAUUACAGACCCGAGCACUUACAGGGAGGCCGCAGUCCCAGCAUGCACGAGCCUUUGCAGAAUGAAGUCUUUGCAUCGAGACAUCAGGACCAGAACAGUGUGGCCUGCAUCGAGGAGAAGUGCUACGUGCUGACCUUUGCUGAGUACUGCAGAUUCUGUGCCAUGGCCAAGCGCCGAGGCGAGGGCCUCCCCAGCCGAAAGACAGCACUGGUGCCCCCCUCUGCAGACUACUCCACCCCGCCACACCGCACAGUGCCCGAGGACACGGACCCUGAGCUGGUGUUUCUUUGCCGCCAUGUCUAUGACUUCCGCCAUGGCCGCAUCCUCAAGAACCCUCAGUAGCCUCCUCAGGCCCACACUGAGGCUGCCCACGGGCAAGUGGGGUUUGGGGCAGGGGGUACUGCUUGAAGCACAGCACUUGGUUAAGGGGCCACAGGGGCCUGAGGUUGAUGGCCUGUGGUUCUCUUGGGGGGAGGGGGGGGGAAGGCAGGGAACCCUGUGGGUACUGGGCCCUUGGGGGGGAAGGGGAGGCCAGGGUAUAGAGAAAGCAUCACAGCCCUCAGCUUGGCCCAGGGCACCUCUCUAUGGUUGCCUGGGUGGAGACUUGAAGAAACAGUCUUCCCUAAGGCUGGGCCAAGCCUGAGGGGCAUGGGGCCCUGGGGCGGAGGGGAGAGUCUUUUCAGGAACAAGGCCCAAUAGGCUCUUCUUUAGCAUCCCCUGGGCCCCUCAAGGGGGAGUGGGAGCCAGCUUUACCUCACCCACUGUGACCCGCUGCUUCCCCAUCAGCCUGGGACCAGGCUCUCCCAGAUUUUAGCACAGCUCCCAAGUUCCUUCCUUUGAGGCAUAGAGAGCCAGAGUCUGGCUUCCAGAACAUGGACUUUCUUUUUGUAGACUCGGGGCCUUUCCCUGGCUUCCUCCUUUGCCCCUGCAGUAGCCCCUGGUGCUGGGACAAGUACCCAGUGCACAUAGUCAUGGGUGUGGCCCACUUGUGGGAGUCAGCUUCCUGUCUGCCUCCUGGUGAGGGGCACCCAGCAGGUCUGGCUUCCCAGAACCUAACUGGUCAACAUGAAGUUUGUCAUGUCUGGGAGGGCAGAAGGGAGCUGGGAGGGGGUGGGGGGCAGGGGGCAAGGAAAAUUGCUACCUGAUUUAUUGAAGAUUUUUCCUCUUGCCUUACACUUGGAGGUUCUAGGAAACCUCUUGCAGAACUUCAUACAUGACUCUUCAAGCCACACCCACCUGAAAUCAAACCAAAGGAGUGCUGUGGCUCCCCUUGCCCGCCACCCCUUACCCUAGUCUUUUGUAGAUUGCACUAAUUUACAUCCCUGCGAGAAUCAACACUGUAUCAGUCCACAGACCUGCUGAGCUGCAGCCACUCACUCUAGGAGCUAAGGACUUGCAUUUUCAGUUUGUUCCUGCCCAGGGGCCCUGUUCUCACCUCAUGCUGCUCCCCAGAGUAGAUUAGGAGGCUGAGCCCCCUCUCGUCUCUAGCCCUCUAGCCCCCUCAGUCCUCGUCCAGACUAGGCCCUGGCCCUGGGGCUCUCUGUGAGGGGGCCCUGGGGCUCUCUGUGGGGGUGGAAGCAGCCUGUUUCUUUCCUAUUUGUACCAAAGAGGAGCAUGGUGGGGAAGCGGGGAGGAGCACAGUGUGACUUGCGCCCUGCUUGUGAGCACUUAGGGCAUACCCCCCGGGGGUAGGAGCCAAGGAGGACAGCACUCCCUCUUCUCCCCUAGGAAGCGGCAGGCACAGACCUGGCAUCUAAGGAGGUGGCACUGGUGAGGAUAGUCAGGCUGGGUCUGGAGAGGGAAGUGGAAGCACAUCCCGCAGGCACUCCUAGCCUUGUGUGUAGGCUGCUCCUGUUUGGUCACUGGGUUUAGGGGAGGCCUGGAGGCUUCAGAGGUGAAUUUGCAUACAGAGAGCCCAAUCUCAAACCCGAAGGGAAAGGGCUAGGGUGCCCUUGUACUGAAUAAGCUGUUUGGAGGAAGGUGUGGGGCAGUAAAAGAGGUUGGCAGAGUAGCCGUGGUGCCCCUGGAGAGCCAGGCUUGGAGUCUGCUCAUUCCCAGGGUGCUUGGCCCUUCAGAGGAAGAGCUCAGCUUCACCCAGCAGGAAAGAAGGUCAAGGCCGCUCCGCCCAGAAGGCAGGGUCUGCUGCCCAGAACUUAAAUGCUUUUGAAAUCUCUUAGAUGUCGAAAUAUUUUUUCGAACCUGAAAAUGCAGCUGGUAGAAUUUCAAUGGAAGCAUAAUUCAUGUAAAAUAUAUUUUAGUUGAUAUUUUGUAAAAUGCACUUUUUGUGUGUGUCGACCCUGUUUUCUCAGAUCUGUAUUUCAGUGUUUACAAGGGAGGGAGGACCUUUCCUCACCUCCCUUUUGACAGAGAUUAGAAGUACUUCUUUAAGAAAAAAAUAAAUUUGAAAAAUUGUAUUGAUUUAGAAAAGGAU